AUGAAAGACAGAAAGACCGCGAGGCAGCCCAGAGACGGCAACGCCCAGGCCCGUCGGCGCCACGGACCCAUGGGCGGCAGGAAGCCCUUCGGCAGGCUGCUGCACUCCACGGCGCCCGCGCGGGGCAUGGGCUUUAAGGGCCGCCUCGGCGCCGCGCUGGGCGGGCAGGCGCCCGGCCAGGUGGCCGUGGAAGCGGACGACGCGCAGCCCGGCCAUGAGCCGGUCGACGCGCGGGAGAACAAGGCCGGCGGUGAGGGGCUCGCGUCGAUGCGGCCACGGUCGAUCGAGGGCCCUUUGCCUGCUUUCUUGGCAACCUGGCCAUAG